GUUUUGGUUUCGCUUUUUGAGCAAACAAUAACCGGUCUCGGGAGUUUGCCCACGCUGAAACAGGUUUUGAUGUGGAAUAUGUUUUGAGGUAUUUCACCGGCUUUCAUGCAUAUCAUCACACCGGCGACAGUUGCUAAAUGGAUGUCGAACAUAUCACACCUAUCACAGAGUGCGUUAUCAUUUGCUUCUAUUAGAAACAUGUGGAAGAAGAUCUUCGUGUGGAUUGCUCUAACGCUUACUUUCGGCGUGGAGCUGUCUACAGCACAGGGUAAGAAGAUUGUCUGUAGCUACUCCCCGGCUAAAGCUGGCCCGAUCGGUUAUCCGCCGGAGUACAUACCGCUGGAAGUUUGUCCGUAUGUGAUCGUCAAAGCGUUCAGCUUCCCAAGCACGGUCGGGCGGCAGAUGCUGUUCAGUGACAACGACAAGAUAGCCUUUAGCCGUGUGGUUUCCAGUGUACGAAAACGAUCUAGCACAGUUCGCGUCGUGGCGUCCAUUGAUGGAUACGCACGAGACUUUACCAUAACAUCCAGCGCGAUCGUGCGCAGAAAAGCAUUCGUACAAGCCGCGGUCACGUUGCUGCUUGAGCUGGAUGCAGAUGGGAUUGAGUUGAACUGGGAAGCACCAGGCAAUAGUAAUGCGGGAUAUGGUAGUUCAAACGAUCGCAUCACUAUGGUGCAGCUGCUGCAAGAUCUUCGUCAAGCGGUGAAGGCAGCCAGCAAAAGCAGAAAUCGCAACCGAGAGCUGUGGUUCCGGGGAUCGCUACAUCCGAAUGUGAUCGAUGAAGCGUACAACAUGCUCGAUGUGUGUGAGUUGGUCGAUCACAUCACGCUGGAUCCUAGCACGGUCGAUUCGCUGGAAAACUCUCACGCACCGCUGUAUGGAACACCGAUAACAGUUCCACGCAAUCCAUUGUUUAAUACUGAUUUUCUACCAUCUGUUAUCGAACCAAUGACAGGAAUUACCACUAACACGCAGCGCUGGAUUGACGAGGGAUGCGCUCCGAAGAAGCUGCUGCUUGGAAUCGGUUUGCAUGGCAUUAGGAGAGACUACUCGCCGAGCGUAUUCCCAUUCGUUGGUGACAAAGUGAAUUUGUUGCGACAGAAAGGUACAUACCUGGAGCAACGUGAGCUCUGCAACACGAUAAGGGAAGCAGGUUGGAGCUACACAUGGGAUGGGUAUGGUGGCAUGCCAUACGUAACUAGAACGUUUCAGAACGGACGUGGGGAGCGCAUCAGCUACGAAAAUCUAGACUCGUUGCGUCUUAAGAUGGAUAUGGUGGAGCAGAAGCAUCUCGGCGGCAUUUACAUCGACUAUGUGCACUCGGACGACAUCUAUGGCCGUUGUGGCCAAGCAUACUCCCUGAUCGCGUAUCUAUCGAGUCGGACUCGCUCGAUACCGUCUGACAUUGGGUUUGCCAUUGAGUGGAUUUAGUUGUUCGAACUACACUGAAUAUGAUACGCAAGAGAAAAGAGAUCGUGAACUGAUAUUCUGUUAGACUUCAACGAUAACAUAAUAACUAAUUUUUGUUAACUUUGGCUAAAAUACUUAGCACUACCUGACAAAUGUUAUAGGUUUUCCUCGACUCCGUAUGCCUGAUAGAGCAGCAAUAUGGAAGAAGUAAACUCUAAAUUCAUAACGACCUUGAAAUACGUUCUUCAUGCCGAGAUGUGUCGUCGCACUACGCUUGUCGGACGCGUUCUACUCGGCCUGAUAACGUUACAUUGAUCGUACAGCUGACCGAUGCUGUCAUGACGCUCUGCCUAGAAUGGAUGUGUGGAUGUAUUGUGCAAAAGCAAAUAAAUAAAUCAACCGUUCAAACAUUUA